GGCGGUGAUACAAGCUGGUGCAUUACCGCAAAGUAGCAGCAAGAAGUCACAGCCGAAGUGGAGCUGAGAACACGGAGAAAUACUGUCCGUCCGAAAGACGUCUCAGCUAACCGUGUCAGUACUAACUACAGCUGUAAUCUGACCAACACAGAGGAUGGAUUUGUUAUUUAAAGUCAUAAACAUUCAGCCUGACGAAUACUGAGAGGUGACAAAACAGCUAUGAUGUGGUUCAAUGAGAGAGGUGACUGAGCAACCAUUAAAGUUGUCCAAACUGAGAAUCCUUAAAGGUUUAUUUGAACACCAUGGCACAUAGUAUAGACUUUCAUAUAGAUACAGUUGGUGCUAUUCCAGUGUUUAGUGACUAUGAUCCUGCCUCUCCUGAUUCUUGCUUUGAAGAAGACAUGGUCCACGAUUCCUUUGCCCAUCUUAUCUCUGAGCAGAGUGCCCUAGAAUCUGAACCAUCAGUGAUGAUUGAGAUGGAAGAUCUGCCUGGUGCAGGGAUAGAAAAUGUAGGUUAUUUCGGAUCGGCCCUUCAUGCACAAUCCAAGCCCAAUGAUGACUGCUAUGAUCCUGCUACUUUGAAAGUGCUCUCCUUCAUGCCCAGCAGAACUAUAGGUCGUUCCAGAGGCGCAAUUAUCUCCGAGUACUAUAAUCGCACUUUAAGAUUAAGACGACAAAGGGCUCGGCCUGCUCUGAAGGAUAUGCCUCGAUCGAUGAGACCGAGUAUACGGGAUGUAGCUGCAUUGGAUGAGAAUUGUGAAGAAGAAUUAGAAAAGAAGAAGCUGUUGACUGAAUUGCAGCAACUGACCGGGAGUGAAUGCACUAGGAUGUUACGGACUAUGCCGCUGAACCUCUCUGUGAAAAGGGAACUCAGGCGUAUGACAUCGAACUGUAAAGAUCACAGAAGUGUUCCACUUGAUGAGAAUUUAUCAUGUUGGAGUCACACAAAAUACAGUAUGAUCAUCGCUGUCAGGCAAUGCUGGUAUGGAUUUCUUUCAUUUUUGUACACAUUUCACCUAAGGCAGAUUGCCCUGAAACAGAUCAGUGGCCGCUUUGGAACAGGGGUACUUUCAUAUUUCAACUUCCUCAAGAUGUUGCUGAUAUUCAAUGCUUUCCAUCUUGUCAUGAACAUCUUCUUCAUUGUCAUUCCCCAAGCUACUCACCCACCUGAAGUCCCAGAAGGGCAAUUCCUUGGCCUGGAGCUCUUGACUGGCAUUGGAUACUUCACAGACACAGUUCUAUACUACGGAUAUUAUACAAAUACCACUUGGAGUUUCUUGCGCAGAGGAUACAAUAAUAGUGCUCCUUUUGUAUCGUAUAAUAUGCCAAUAGCAUAUAUUUACACAAUUGGAGGGUCUUUCUUCAUCACCUGCAUAAUCCUGGUCCAUUGCCUGUCCAAAGCUUUUGGAGAGAGUUACAGAGUGGGCAGCACCUAUGGGAAUCUGGUGACAAAAGUGUUCUGCUCUUGGGAUUUUAAAGUGACCCAGAAACAGUCAGUUGAGUCAAAUUAUGAGAACAUCAGCACCCAGUUAAAGGAGUCUCUUACUGAGCACAAAUUCCGUGCUAGUCACUCCAGUAUUGCUCAAUGGUUGCUGAAUCUAACAGUUCAUAUUCUGGGCUGGAUGCUGUCCUUGGGGAGUGUUGUUGGAUGUGCUGUUGGAAUUCAUUACUACUCAGAAAGAAUGCUGAAGGAUUAUUCACAAGAUAUCCAACAAGGAAUUCCUGAGAAACAAGUAGAGAGCAGGCUGCUAACACUUCCCUUGAUUGUGUCACUUAUUAAUCUCGUGAUGCCCUACGUUUACAAUCUAAUUGGGUUACUGGAAAAAUAUGACUUCCCACAGCAACAGAUCUAUGUUUCCAUUACCAGAAAUCUGCUUUUGAAGUUGGCCAUUUUAGGACCACUUUGCUUCCACUGGAUGGGAAGUAAAUUAAAAGCCACAGCAGAAAUAUCAUGUUGGGAGACUUUCGUAGGGCAAGAAAUAUACCGUUUGCUGGUGGUAGAUUUUAUAUUCAUUAUUUUGGAUACAGUUUUCGGAGAAUAUGUCUGGAGGGUCAUUUGCAUUAAACUGCUGAAAAGGAAAAGAAAGCCUGAGUUUGACAUUGCCAGAAAUGUGUUGGAUUUGAUCUUUGGACAGACACUCACAUGGUUGGGUCUUGUGUUUGCACCACUGCUGCCUGCAAUUCAAAUGAUGAAAUUUAUUGUUGUCUUCUAUAUUAAAAAGCUCAGCUUAAUGAAGAACUGUCAACCUCCACACAAACUCUGGCGAGCAUCUCAUAUGAUGACUAUCUUUAUUAGUCUGCUGUGUUUCCCAUCGUUCCUUGGAGCCACUGUUGUUUAUUCUUACACCAUGUGGUACUUAAAGCCAUCACUUUCAUGUGGCCCGUUCCGAACACUGGGCGCUAUGUGUGAUUCUGUCACAAUUUGGGUUCAAAAACUGGAUGAAAAUGGUCCUAAAUUUUUUAAGUAUUCAUGGAUCUUAGUGAGAAAUCCUUUCAUCUUCUUCUUGGCAUCGGGCAUCCUACUAGUAGUAAUUUAUUUCCAUUGCCAAGUUGUGGAUGGUCAAAGGAAGAUAAUUAAGUUAUUAAAUGAACAAAUUGCAAAUGAGGGAGAUGACAAGAAGUUUCUUAUUGAUAAACUCCAAGACUUCAAUUCAGAAAAAUUUAAAUUUCUAAAGAAGAGACGGACACAGAGGGAAGAUGAGGUUUAUCCUGACAAUUACUAGAAGGAAAGAAGAUAUCGUGUUUCGUCUGGUUGUGAUGACAGAGCCAACAAGACCAAAAUAGGGAAGCAGCUGAUAUGACUUGACUCUGUGAAUUAUUAUGAGAUGCCUGGAAUUGUAUCUUCUUUUUUGUUGAGUUAUUUGGCUGUCUGCAUUUUAAGUUUUAAAGAUGCAGCAUAUUAAACAAAACUGGAGUCACUGCAGCAACACCAUAUUGUGAAUAUGAUAUCCACUUCAUUAGCACCUUUUCAAUAUUUCACAAACUGAUUUUUACGUUGUCACAUUUGCUUUGUUGGAUUUUAAUUUUCGGUAAAUUAGCUUCCAGGUUUGACCUGUGUUCUUUCCUGGGCCCAAAAUCAGUCAGAGAGGAAAUUGGUUGCCUCUCCUCAGGAGUUUCCACGAUGAAUCACUUUACAAAUUUGUGCAAUUGGCUAUUCCCUUGUUGACAGAAGUACAGUACUACUUAUAUUUUCCUCUAAGAGCAUUAGUUAUACUGUUGAUGUUUCAAGCUUCUGAUAAUCCAUGUUGUAGUGGAAUUAGGCAGCAGCAAGUAUUUACUCCCCAAUGUGUCACCCAAACAUAGUGUUCAAAAAGACAGUAUAACAAUUAUAGGUGAAUUUAAAAGUUCUGACUUUUGUAUUUAUAAGGUGGAUGGCAAUUCACUUAACAGUAGCCUAAAACAACCUCUAGCUUUUCAAAGUAACAUGCAGCAUUAAGAGUUUGUGUAUCUUCCUCAAGUAUAAUUUUGUUGCAUUUGUAAUUACUGAUGUAAGUAUUGUAUGCUGACUUCAGAGUGACCAAGAACAAAAGACUGAUGUGUUGCACUGACAGAUUUUUAAAAUCAUUUUUAGUUUACAGUAAAUGGAGCAAUCUAGAUGCCUAUGCUUUUGUCCCUUAAAAUUCAGAACCAAGCUUUUGCAUGUCUAAAGCCCUACUUUAUAGUAUGUGGAGACUAGGCUAACUUAUCUGGAAAGUCUCUCCACAGAAGUCUGUGAAUGUUGUUAUUUGAGCAGUUGAAUGUCAUUUGAAAAGUCAUCAGAAAUUCUGUUUAUAUUCACUGAAAGAAAAGAAAUGCUCUUUUCACAGUGCUGCAGCUCAGAUAUAUAAUAACCCCUCAGUUUAGGAACUUACAGAAACUUAAGCUUUUUUUAUUUUCAAAUACUGAUCCAUCAACUUUGGGUGAACUGUUGACUUUCUGAGCCAGGCAGUGAAAAUGUUUGGUUUAUUUAUAUUGUGUUGUUACUAUCAGAUUAGGAAGCGUGACCUGAUUCCAUGUCCCACUCUGUUGGUCGCAGCAAUGUUUUUAAAGCUAAGAAGAGAGUGGUCAUGUUGCUAAUUAUUCAUGUCAGAUUAUAUAUAGCUCAAUAUAGUCGUCAGCCAAGUUCUUAUGUAGCAAAUACAGAGCUAAUUUAUUACAAAUAAAACCUACUUGAGCAAAUGCAUAUAACUACCCUGUUUGAAAACUAACACACAUGCAUAUAUUGAAGUCUGGGGGAGAAAAAAGAACACUGUAAAGUGUGAUUUUAAAAGCACUUGGCCAGGCGACCGAUAAUAUCACAAAAAAGAAGAUGCAUAGUUCGUCACGCAUGUUGGUCUGAGGCCCAAGUCACUUUUCACACAAGCUGUUGGUACUGGGAUUUCUUCCUGUAUCAGUUUUCGCUGGAUGUAGUCAAUAUUUCAUGGAGACAGCAGCGAUAGUUUCAUGACCUCUCUUUUUGGGAAUUCUCUGCUUGUGGUAAGGAGGUUUUCCAAUGGAUUUUCAACCUUCACACUUUUGAAAUGGAUUUUAGAGAAAAUAGAGAAGGCCAAAGCUAUUGUCAUAGAACAUAGAACAUAGAACAGUACAGCACAGAACAGGCCCUUCAGCCCACAAUGUUGUGCCAAACAUUGAUCCUCAUGUAUGCACGCUCAAAUUUCUGUGACCACAUGCAUGCCCAGCAGUCUCUUAAAUGACCCCAAUGACCUUGCUUCCACAACUGCUGCUGGCAAUGCAUUCCGUGCUCUCACAACUCUCUGUGUAAAGAACCCACCUCUGACAUCCCCUCUAUACUUUCCUCCAACCAGCUUAAAACUAUGACCCCUCGUGUUAGCCAUUUCUGCCCUGGGAAAUAGUCUCUGGCUAUCAACUCUAUCUAUGCCUCUCAUUAUCUUGUAUACCUCAAUUAGGUCUCCUCUCCUCCUCCUCUUCUCCAAUGAAAAAACUCCGAGCUCAGUCAACCUCUCAUCAUAAGAUAAGCCCUCCAGUCCAGGCAGCAUCCUGGGAAACCUCCUCUGAACCCUCUCCAAAGCAUCCACAUCUUUCCUGUAAUAGGGCGACCAGAACUGGACGCAAUAUUCCAAGUGCAGUCUAACCAAAGUUUUAUAGAGCUGCAACAAGAUCUCACGACUCUUAAACUCAAUCCCCCUGUUAAUGAAAGCCAAAACACCAUAUGCUUUCUUAACAACCCUGUCCACUUGGGUGGCCAUUUUAAGGGAUCUACGUACCUGCACACCAAGAUCCCUCUGUUCCUCCACACUGCCAAGAAUCCUAUCCUUAAUCCUGUACUCAGCUUUCAAAUUCGACCUUACAAAAUGCAUCACCUCGCAUUUAUCCAGGUUGAACUCCAUCUGCCACCUCUCAGCCCAUCUCUGCAUCCUGUCAAUGUCCCGCUGCAGCCUACAACAGCCCUCUAUACUGUCAACGACACCUCCAACCAUUGUGUCAUCUGCAAACUUGCUGUCAUGAAGCAAGUUGUCUAAGAUUGUCAAAUCUAAUCUCUACCUUCAUCCACAAAAUGGUUCAUAUGACCUCUCUCUUAAAAUGGCAUUGCCAAACAAGCAGCCUGUCCACUUUGCAAAUACAUUAUUGCUGCUAUUGCACUCAGUGUCCAUUUGAUUUGCAAUGUGCUGCUUAUAAAUGGCCAAGAUUCAAGUAUUUUUCUUUUAUUCAUUCAUGGAAUUGGAGCAUUGCUGGCUAGACCAGCAUUUAUUGUCUAUUUUUAAUUACCCAGAGGGCAGUUAAGAGUCAACUACAUUGCUGUGGGUUUGAAGUCACAUGAAGGGAAGACCAUGCAAGGAUAGCCGUGCCCUUCCCUCAAGGACAUUAGUGAACAAGAGAUAGUAGGAACUGCUGAUGCUGGAGAAUCUGAGAUAACAUGGUGUAGAGCUGGAAGAACACAGCAGGCCAAGCAGCAUCAGAGGAGCAGGAAAGUACCCGAAACGUCAAACUUUAGUGAACGAGAUAUGUUUUUCCGACAAUCGAUAAUGGAUUCAUGCUUAUCUUUCGACUCUUAAUUGAUUUUUUUUAUUGAAUUCAAAUUCCACUAUCUGCCAUGGCAGGAUUCAGGCCUAGCUGCCCAGAACAUUACCUGGCUGUCUAGAUUCGCAGUCCAGCAAUAAUACCACUAGGCUAUCACCUCCCCUAUUUGUCCAGUCAAUGAUAUUCUGAAUUAAUACUUCAGAUAUACCUUCAUGAUAAUAUCUUGAUCUGUUCUGUGUUGUAAAUACUGUGCUGUAGCGUACGUCAGAAAUUGGAUUUUGUGAUACUUUUGUGUUUAAAGUGUACUUUUGAGUGUAGCCAAAUGAUCUGUCCUUGGCCUCUUAAACAUUUCUCAGCCACAGACAACGCCUCAGUGACAUCCACUGAAAGCAGAGUCUGCUUCCACGAAUAUGCUGACAUCACCCAUCUGUACCUCACUGCCACCUUUUUCGGCCCCUUCGCUAUCUCUCAACUAUCCGACACCUAGUGCGAGAUGAAACGAACUUUUCUGCAGCUAAAUAUUGAGAAAACAGUCACCAUUGUCUUCAGUCCCUAUCAUAAAUUUUGUUCCCUAGCCACUGACUUCAUCCUCUCCUGAGAGUCUAUGGGGCUCGAAUUUGAUUGUUUGCAGCCUUGGUGACCUUUGACACUGACGCUAUCCACCUACCAUGCAUCUGUGCCACCACUGUAAUAUAGCACAAUUCUGACUGUGCCUCAGCCUAUCAUUUCCAAAAUUCACAUCCAGUCAUUAUUAUUUCUAUUCUAGACUAAAGUCUCACUUGCCAAUUUCCCUAUCUUGGUGACCUACUUUAGUAACCAGUUUGAAAAUUCUCACCCUUGCAUUCAGAUCGAUACAUAUUCUCAUCCACCUAUCCCUCUAUCUCUUCCAGCCCUAAAACCCUCGGAGUUCUCCGUACUUAGGUAAUUUUGAACUCCUGAUCAUUCCUGGUGACCAUGCAUUUAGUAUUCAAAGCUUUAGACUCAAAUUUUCUCUCUAAACCUCUCACCUCACGACCAAUCUUUGUUCCGAUAAGACCUGCCCUAAACCUACCUGUUUGACUUGUUUACAUUCAUCCAUUAUAAAAUCUACUUACUUGGCUUUGAUGAUGUUGCAAAAAGGAGACAAAAAGUUGAAACUUUUUUGUUUUGACAUCUCAGAAAUGAGAUGCAAGAAACUUAGUAGCCAAAGUGGGAGAUAUCCAUUAGCUCACAAUUCAGUGGGAAGUGAAAUUCAUCUGAAAAGCUAAUUCUCACUUGUACUAGGUUCAGAUAAUUCCUUCUUAUGAAACUUAGUAUGGAAUUAUUUUGGAUCAUGUAGUUAAUGUAAAACUGUUUUUACUGUGUUUUUCUGUUUAUUUAUAUAAAAGAUGAAAUACAACUAUUUUUACUGUAGCAUUUGUUAUUGAAUUAUGACAAGCUGAAAUGUAACAAUCUGUAAUAUAAGGAAUAAGGCUUCACACUGGCUAAGUGAGCCAUGAUUUUAUUUAAUGCUAAUUGUUUCACACGUUCAGCUGUGGCCAAAGACCAUGGUGUUCUAUUGAUCUCAAUUUGUACACAUUUGUAUGAUGAAAAUGGUCUGAACUAUUAAACUGUACUGAAACUUGAAAGUA